UGCUACGUAUAUUAGAUCUAAAUGUGUGAAGUGGGAACUUUGUCAAUUACCUUAACGUAAUCACAAUCCUUUAGCAUUCCGGUCGUGAUAAAGACCAACAGGUGAAUUUAUUGGCAUGACAUCAUAUGAAUAAUAUUUACCAAAGUACAUCCUUAAGUUCUUAAAUUAAGUUAGAACAAUACCCUCCGUUCCUAUUUGAUUUGUGAAAUUUAGAUUGUCCCAAAAUGAUUUGUUACUUUCUAUUUGAAGUACAGAGAAAUGAAUAGUGAUAAAUUUCUCCUUUACUCUUUCCACAAUUCCAUGUACUUCACUGUUUCUAUUUUAUGGGAGAUAGUAAAAAAACAAUAAAGCCCAACUUGUUAUUUUCUUAAAAUCUUACAUUCGUCCACUUUUGCAAAUGAGGGAGAGUAUUAAUAAGGGGUGAAGGAGUGCUUUAAACAUUUCUCACAUUUUCUAUUACAUAAAAAACACUUUUUUUUAUUAAACAUUAUCAACUUUUUGCUUUUUGUUAGAAACAUUUUUUUCUCAAAUUCGACAAACUUUACUAUUAUACGCUUUCUUUAAAAUCACUUUAAACAAUCACUUUUUUUUAUCAUAACAAUCACUUUUUAAAAGUAGAAGCAAUUACAAACUCUCCAUUAUCUUUCUUGUCAGAAUGUUUUGUAUGAUAUUAAGGUGGUGUUGUGAUAAUGAUAUUUUAUAUGAUUAAAUAUCGGACAUGCGUGAGAUUCCGUUGUCUUUCAAUAUAAAUACACUUCUUAGCCAUGAAUCUAUUUUAUAGUGACAUUGACUUAUAGGUUUUUUCAUGCCACUUAUUGGUGCUUGUUCAAAGACCAUCUGACCAUAUAAUAAUGAUUUAAAUAUUUAAUGAGCACACUUUUUUUCAUAGUCCUGAUUCGUGAAUGUCCAAUCUCGCGUGAUGAGCCAUUUCUAGUCAUAUACAUUUUCCCCUCCAAUUUAAUACUCCAUUUAGUUUAUCUUGAGAUUAUUUAAUGCUGCAAUAUCAAAUCAAAAUACUAACGAAAGUGAUUUGUCCGUAACGAAUAAGGGUCACAAAAAGUAAAAACCAACAUAUUCUCUUUAAUUAAAUCCUUUUACUACUAUCUUUCAUUUAAACGGAGUAUUUUUCUAUUGUUCGAUAAACCUUGUACCUCCUAAGUAUUCAUUUACAUCCCAAAAACUUACAUCCAUGUGGAUUGUGGUGUUCAACUCUCAAGUGUUAUUACUAUUGUUGAGGUUUAUUCCCGAAGAUCCGAAAGCCCAACACAAGCCUUGGAUAUUGUAGGGAUAUUGGGUAUGGUUGAUUGAAAUGUGUGUAAAAUAUAAAAUAGUGAAAUGAUAUCCAACUCAAGAACUUACUUAUAUUCUGUAAUUAAGCAAUUACACUGAAACUACCCGAACGGUAGAUGAAUAUGAGAUUACAAGGAUGGGAGAUGUAAAUCUAUUGCUAAGCUCUGAGUAUUAAAAUGCUAACCCUUUACAAUGAUCUAAACAUGGGUAUUUAUACUAAAAUGGGGAUGGGUAAGGUGGACACGUGGUCGAAUCUGGUAGGCUAUCACCUCUGCCAUGUAAGCACCCAUGCCCCCACUUGUUGCCGCCAUGAUCCAGCAUUAAAUGCGGCCUCCACUUGCUGAUUGCCCGUUCGGUCAAGGUGUUCGGUGUGUGGGAUCCCGCCAUAGGAGAUAAUUUCUACCUGAAGUAUCCCGAACGCCGAUCGAUAUUUGGGCCUUGAUACCUUGGCAUAAUCGUUACCCAGAAUGUUCCAAGUAUAAGUUUUAUCCCGAAUGCCGUUCGGGAGUUCUUUGGGCUUGCUGCUUCUUCCCGGAUUUGGGCCUAGGGAUAUUGGGCCUGGACCCAAUAUCCCAACACUAGUCCCCCACUUCCUAUGUCUCGAACGGUAGUGAGCGCAUAAGGAAGUAGAAGAUUAUUGCCCGAAUGCUGUUCGGGUAAGUAUCGGAUGGACUUCCGCCGGUUCCCGAGGCAUGUUCUGACGGUUAUUUGCAACUGCCGUUUCGCUUCUCCGAUAAACGUCAUGAUUACUUGAGAAGGAUUUCUCUGUGCGACACGUGUCUCUGUCAUCAUUACAAAAAACGUGUCCUCUUCUGAUUGGCAGCUGAAUCGGCGUGACAGAGUAUAAAUAGGCUCUUCUGGUUUUGAUUCUGGGUUUCGAAACUUUGCAUCUCCGGCUUAUAAUUCAUCCUCUAGAGCUUCAUCCGUAGCUUCUGUUCAGGUAUCCUUCGAGUUUCCUUCUACUGUUUAGUUCCCUCGUUCGGUGAGAAUGGCACCCCUUCGUUCAUCUGAACUCUCUACCUCCGGCACUGUAAUUCCAGAAGAAAACCCCAAUGAUACGCUGCAAGUUGUCCGUAUUCCGGCGGAGGUUAACGGCGAUGAUUCCUCUUCCUCCGAUGUUUAUUCUGAUGGCACCAAAUCGGGGGAUGAAUUGGAGGUUAUGGAAGCCGGCCCUCCAAGCGGCGUUUCCUGUCAUAAGCUUGACCUAGCUCUUAUUAGGUUUAGGCGUCAAAAGCUCACGGCCCAGAAUCGGGCCCAAAUUCAGAUGCUAAUUCCUGAUUCGGUGGACUUCCGCCUUCAAUCGGGUCUUCACCCAAUGCGCCACUUCCCAGGGAUGGUUGUGGUCCAUUUCGACUCAGUCAAGGCCGGCCUUAGAUUCCCACUUCACCCCUUUUUUGUCUCCCUUUUAAAUUUUUACAAUGUAGUACCAGCCCAAAUAAUGCCGAACUCCUACCGGUCGAUAGCUGGUUUCAUUUGUCGUUGUCACAGUGUCGAGGUCACACCCACUCUAGAGCUUUUCCACUAUUUCUUUUCGGUUAUCCCCCAGCAGUCCCACGGCUUCCUGGUGGUAAGCUCCCGUCCAGGACAUAUUUUGUUCUGUGAUGCCCCUUCUUCCAUUAAGGGUUGGAAAGAUAGGUUUUUCUUUGUCUCUGUCCCGAACGGUUUGAUUCCUAGGAAGUGGAACGCAUUUCCUCCUAAAUCCCCCGAGCCAUUCAUCUCUGAGGAGCUUAGCCAAGAUGUCAUUGCUGUGGAGGCAGGAGGCUGCUUCAAAAUCAUGUCUUACCUGACUCCCGAACGGCUAAUUAGGGCCGGGAUAGGUACUGCCCGUAUUCCUGGACUUACUUGACUGAAAACCAAGUACCAUGGCCCGGGCGGUCCUUCCCGUGUGAUAGUACUAUAAAUCCACGUGUGAACCGCUCGGUACUAAUUUGUUCCUUUGUUAUCUUUUCAGCUCUAAAGCAAGGCGAAUCUUCAGACUCCGAAGGAGCCAAUCCCGAACACCCGGCCAUGGAUGACAGCAGGCUUUUCACUGUUGGAUUUGAUGACGAGCCACCCACCUCUCCUCCUAAGCAGCAGAGGAAGACAAAGAGAAAGAGGCUUAGGAAAGCCGAUCAGGGGACAUCCUCCCAAACCGCCCCCCUCCUUCCCGAGCAGCCUGAACCCGUUCGGGAUGUAGAACCUGUGCAGCAGGUUGCUCCUGAUCAGCAAACUCAUGCUGACACGCUGAUGGAUCAGCUUUUUUCUAACCAGCAGUCCCACCAUUUUUCUGCUGAGGAGGUGGCUGCCCAUCAGGCUGACUUGGCUAGUCAGUUCGAGCGGAUCUCCCUCUACGAUCCUGCUCAUGAGAUGUUGGAGCGGGGUGGCUGUCCGGCGAGCCAGAUCUGGUCCACGUCAGGAUUUCUCAAUGGCCACAAUCUUCCCCCGAUACCGGUGGAGGAGGCCGAGGAGUGUAUUGCUCUGACUGUCCUGAAGGUAGCUCAUUAUCUUAUGCUCAUAAUUCACUCUUUUCUUUGCUUGAUAACUUAUCAUGUGCUUAUAUUUUACUUUCUGAUCAUUAGGCGGGAAUAUACAGCCUGAAACUCAGAGAGGCCAGGCAGGCAAAAGAACAAAGCCUGCUGAUGGCCAAAGAAACAGCUGAGCAGGCAGUGGAAGCUGAACGGCGAGCAUUUGCCGAGGAGCGGAAGAAGCUAGGAGCUGAGGCCGGGGAGCUUCGUGUCCAAGUGGGCUCUCUCCAGGCCAAAAUUGCGGCAGCUGAGGCCGCUCAGGUCAAGUUUUCUGAGGCUCCUCCCCAAAUCCCGGACGGCCCGGCUGAAAUGAUAGUUGAUCUAUCUGCCGUUCGGGAUCAAUUCAAAGCUUCCGAGGAGUUUCUGGCUCUCAAGGAAGAAUACGCCACCGAACAGCUCCCUGCUGUUUUCGGGAGGCACUUGGAGAAACUGGCAGGAGAAGAGCGCCAGAAGGAGGGGAUCAGGGUGCUUGAUCAGCAUUCUGUCACCAAGGAGUGGGCUGAAAACUUCGCCCGCGGGGUCUACAGCUCAGGUUGUCAACAUAUGCUUCAGCCUCUCCUCCCCCUCAUAGAAAAACAUAUGGGCCGAGCGGUGCAACCCUCUGACUUUCCCGCUGAUCUUCAUCCCGAUCAUCUGAACGCCCUGAUGGCUCAGAUGAAAAAGUGCCGGCGAGCCCUGGGGAUGGAUGUGGUGCAAAUUGUUGACGAAGCUGAUGAUGAAGAAGAUGAUGAAGAGGGUGAAGAUCAUCCCGAACAGUAGAUUAGACAUUAUCUGUAUUUCCUUUCCUUUGAAUCAGUAGUUUUUGUACUUUCCGGCCAGUAGAGCCGAUGAAUAUACAAUUUUUGCCUGCUCAUCUCGUCUUUGUGACUUACUGUACUUCAUAUUUGUUUUUCACCUAUCAAUUUGCCUCUGUAAUACGUUUCAUGUUGCUUUGUUGAUCUCCGUAAUCUGAAGCGAUCAGGUCUCCGGUUUGCGUCACCCCUUCGCUAAGUCCAGAAUUUAGGAUUUUAAUAUUGAUCGACCUGUUUAUUCGAUAUCAUUCAUAAUGAACUCCAUAGUUCAUUAUGGAAUAUAAACUAUGUUUCUUCCUCUGUUCGGGGUAUAAACUCCUGUACUGGGUACAACCAUCCUGUUCGGGGUAUAACCACGUGGUCCUUUUCUCUAAUCCUUCUUUUUUUUUUUUUUUUUUUUUUUCUUUUUUCUUUUUCUUUUCUUUUUUUUUUUCUCUUUAUUUCUUUUUUUUUUCUUUUUUAUUCUUUUCUUCUCUUUUUUUUUUUUUUUUUUUCUCCCCAUCUGUUCGGGGUAUAAACUCCUGUACUGGGUACAACCAUCUUUUUUUUUUUUUUUUUUUAACUAGUUGGUAAUUGUGUUCAGCAUUCGGGAUGUAGUGUUACCUUUUUCCAUGUAAGCUAACCAUACUGUUCGGGUACACCGAUCAUUCUUCAUUACAUUUGAGUGUAUCCCGUUCGGGGAAACACUUGUAGCCUUUUUCUUUUUCAAUUGUAGAGGUUCGUGAACUUUGUUGACUUCAACCCGUUCGGGUGUUCUCUUAUCCCAAAGGAUGCUUUAACUUCUCCCAACCGUCUUGACACUUGUCAGUUAUUCAUUUGGAUUCUUGGCGGUAGCAUCUCCUUAUAUAAGGAUGUAGCUACUUUGUUUCAGUUUUUUCUGCUGCUUCUGAAUUCCUUCAAGCUUUCUCUCUCUAGAAUCUUCUCUGUUAUUUUAUGUCUGCCUUUUCUGGUUCGUCAGAUUCCGAAGAGAUGGUGUCCACUCUGAUUCGCCAUUCGAGGGGAAAAGCUCACCCCAAAGAUCAAGGCACAUCUACCCGAUCGUCGGGUUCUAACGGGUCUUCUUCCUCACUUCAUCCCGAACAGCCCCUCCCUGAUGAUGGAUGUCAGUCGGGGGAUGACCUUGUAGUUUACGAAAGGGGUAUGCCCGAACGCCCCCCUCGCUAUAGUCUGAACUUCCACUGCAUUAGGAAACAGCGUCAACGCCUUCCUGCAGAUGCCGAACAGAUGCUCCGCCAACUAUUACCGCCACCCCCGUCAGUUUUAUGCGGGGUACAUUAAGCAUCCCAUGCGGCAUCGUCCGGGAUGUGUGCUGGUUCACAUGGACGCGCUGAUCGCCGGUCUACGGUUCCCGUUGCACCCUUUUAUUGUGGAGUUCCUUCGCCGGGUCUCAGUACUGCCAGCACAGUUCGUGCCUAGCACUUAUAGGAUCCUGAACGGUUUUAUCGUCUGGUGCCAUGAGUUGGGGAUUGCCCCUAGCGCCGACCUCUUUUUGCACUGCUACGGCGUCCAGCCCUAUUGGACCACCGGGUACCUGCGGCUUGUCGCCCGCCCUGGCCGUUCGCUCUUCACCGACAACCCCACCCCGCCGGGGAAAUGGGAGGAACGAUUUUUGUUCGUUCAUGUGGGGUCGCCGCUUCCUUUCCCUGAUCGGUGGAACACCUACCCCGUUCAGGAUGCCUCCCCAAAGGUGGACGCAGAUAUUGUCUGUCAGUACGAAAGGCUCCGUCUGGCCGGUUCCAAGAACCUACGGUCCUUCUUGACUCCUGCUAAGAUGCUAGCUGCUGGCAUUGGUAUGUUUCUUCCCUUACUUUGUUCGUUCGGUGUAUUUUUCAACCUCUUGUUCAUUUUUCUUUGUUCUUUCCUGUAGGUGUGAUUCCCC